AUGAACAGUGCUUGGAAUGAAUCAGCACAACACAACCUUGUGAUGCACAACAAACAGAACUGCUGGGAUGGAGAACAGUUAUGCCUUACUGAAGCCUGCAGCCUUUCAGUGUCAGCUACUCAUUCCUUGGCUUUCGACUCUGGACCAAGACUGAGUUGGAAGAAAUAUGGACACAACCUGGAUGCCAAAAACAUAAGGAGCACAACAUAUGGAUGUUUCAAAGACACCGACGUUACUCAGUGCUAGACUCCUUAAUAUGCUGUUAUUAAGCUGUUAUUAGCUCUGCCUUAACCGACCCUUCCAGUUUUAAUGGUAUGAACUGCUGAGAGUACCUAUCUAUAGCAACACUAACCCUUCAUUCGUAGGACGCAAGGGGCAGACGGAGCGACUCCGGGCAGGCAGUAUGCGUUGUGUCUCGCCUUUCCCCCCGUUUUAGGGAGCAGCUCUGCCUCUGUAUAGCCCCGAUAGCAGGCUAUGCCUAUCCCCAUCCCCAAAUAGCGGCGAUAGCAGGCAGUGCCCACCCGGAGUUUGCGUAACCGCCUUUCACCUCGGCCCCGCCGGCGCUGCCCCAGCCCCCUUCACCCCGCGGCAGCACCUGGGGCGGAGCGGACGGCCAGCACCAGCGGAGAGAAGGGGCGCGCAGGGCGGCUGCCAGGGAGGCGCUGCGCCCCGAGGCAGCGGUGACGGGUGCGCCGCGCCGCCGGCUCUGCCGGCGCUCCUGGCACAGCCGGGGAAAGGGACGAUCUCCGGAUUUCCACCUCUGCGACAGGGGGAAGGCAACCGGGAAGUUUUGCGGGAAGAGCGAGCCUGUGCGGGCUCGGACAUGAGAGGAAGACGCAGCCGCUUCUUCGCGGCAGCCCUUUCAAAAGUCAGUGUUAAAUGUGACACCCCGGCGAAAUGGGAGCGGGAGAAACUCCCCGCUUCCCACCCCUUGUGUCCCCCCCCCCCCCCGCCCUUUUCCAUGGAAACUCGUAAAAGGAGGAGGAGUAGAGUUUGCUACGGAAAAGUCUCACCUUGGUCUGAAACAGUUUCAAGCGUUUCUGCAGGAUCGGAGCUGCCCGGCUCGGGGGAGGGGAGGAGGCAGGCGGAGUGGGAGGGAGAUCUUUAGCUACCUUCAUGUAUAUAUUUUAUUUAUUUUCCGCUUGCUCUUAUUUUAUUCCAGCGGCACGUCUCAGCCCCUCCUCCCCCCUCCCUCUCCAGGUUGCUCGGCUGAAAUGAGGCUUUGCUUGCUGAUUCCUUCUCGGGCUUCAAACCAGAGCCCGGCCCCGCGCAGGCGGCAGCAGUUCGGGGCGCUUCGGCGCUGAAGCGCGCCGGAGCCGAGCAGGACACCGCGGAGUGGAGUGGGGCGGAGGCCCCGCGGAAACUUCGCUUGGAAAAUAGACCUCCGCCGCUUUCCUGGGGAUCCACGUGAGAACAGGAAAGCCCGGCUGCAAGAUCCCCGCGCUGUUGCCUGCUGCAGUUUUACUUUUUGUUUGCCUUGACUAUUUUUUUUUCUUCUGUUUGUUUGUUCUUGCUUUCAUUUCGGAACCGGUUCCCAGCUCCUUGGCUGAACUUCUGGAGACCAGUGGACCUUUUAUAUUGCCUUCCUCUGUUUUAAGCAAACUAUGGACGCUUAAACUUUUCUCUUUCCCCCUCCCCCUCGCUCCUUAACCCCCACCCAUCAGCUCAUGGGGCUAACGCUGCAAAGCAGCCGCAGCAGUGGGAGAAAUACACAGCCACUGACUUAUUUUCCCGUUUCCUAAAUUGCAGUUAGUUCUUCUCAUCGACCUUCUCAUCACUCAUUCUCUCCAGCUUUUUCGGCUGCCGGGUGUCUAUGUGUGCAUUGUUUUAUCUGAUCUCAAUUCUUUUGUUGUUGUUGAAAUGCCAUGCACUGCUUAUCUAGAGAGAAAGCUAUAUGGAGAUAGAGGCAUAUAGUGAAUGCGCGUGUGUUUCCAUAAGACUAUCAGGGGAGCAGAUCAGAAGCAGCCCGGAUCCUGACCCUGACUGUAUGAAUAAGUAAGCAGGAUGCUGACGACUGUGUGUUAGUUGCCUGUAAGGUUUUCGUAAGUUAAAAGGGGACGGAGAAGCGGGGGAACAGACCAGAGACAGAGCUUAGAGUAAGUGUUUGUGCAGGGGGGGGGGGGGGGGGGGGGAAGCGCUGACACUUUGCUCCCUCCUCCAGCAUAGCUGCUGCCUCCCAUCACUAGGGCUCCGCGGUUUGCUCUAGUGCACCCCACCCCUUCUCUCCCUUUUCUUUCUUUCCUUUUUUCUUUCUUUCUUUCUCUCCCCCCUCUCCCCGCGGUAGUUUGCUGAUGUGCAGCCCGGAUCCAUCUAUUGGCAGCAGCAGCGGGACCGGGGUCGGCGGGCGCGGAGCGGGACGCGAGCAGCGGCCGCCACCUCCUCCUCCUCCGCGGGAAGUUUGGCUGGGGUUUGGCAGAGGCGAAGGGGCGCCCUGACAGACAGGAUCUCCCGGCCUGAGUCCACCCCCCGCGCCCACCCAGCGACGUCUCCCGGGCGAGGUGGCUGGCUGGGGGCAGAGGGGCACCGGCGCUCAUGCUUCUCGCUGCGUGUUACACCCGUCUGACUGGGGCUACCUAAGCACCGUGUCUUCGAAGAGCCUCCAGCCGACGUGGACAGCUGAGCCGGCCGCCUAAUUCAUCUGCACCCUGCCUACCGCCUCUCUGCCCGAGGGAGGAUGAAAAUGCUUUGCUGGAGGAUGGCACUGUGGCUGGCCGGGUGGACUGUCUGUGGGAAGCCUUCCUCCUGUUUUGGCCUUGAUUAUGACUACACUUAUGAUUUCACUGAAGAGGAUAAAGCUGAGGGGAUAGAUUAUAAGGAUCCUUGCAAAGCCGCUGUCUUUUGGGGAGAUAUUGCCUUAGAUGAUGAAGACUUAAAAAUCUUUCAAAUUGACAGGACGAUUGAUCUUACGCAGCACUCCAACGAAAGACUUGGCCAUAACACAGGUGGCUUUGGAGAGCAUGGAAAGUCAAAAAAAAGAGGUGCCCUCUAUCAGCUUAUAGACAGGAUAAGAAGAUUUGGCUCUGGCUUUGAGCAAAAUAAUACAUCUAAAGGAAGAACUACUGUAAAAUUCUCAGGGAAAAAUGAGAAAAGCAGAUUUCCCAGAGCUGCUACAUCACGAACAGAAAGAAUAUGGCCAGGGGGUGUCAUUCCAUAUGUAAUAGGUGGAAAUUUCACUGGCACCCAGCGCGCCAUGUUCAAACAGGCUAUGCGGCACUGGGAAAAGUACACGUGUGUUACGUUUAUUGAACGAAGCGAUGAAGAAAGUUAUAUUGUAUUUACAUACAGACCGUGUGGGUGCUGUUCUUAUGUGGGUCGAAGGGGAAAUGGCCCUCAGGCUAUAUCUAUUGGCAAGAACUGUGAUAAAUUUGGUAUAGUUGUCCAUGAGUUGGGUCAUGUGAUAGGUUUUUGGCACGAACAUACACGACCAGACCGUGAUGACCAUGUCACCAUCAUUAGAGAAAACAUCCAGCCUGGUCAAGAAUACAACUUCUUGAAGAUGGAGCCUGGAGAGGUGAACUCCCUUGGGGAACCUUAUGACUUUGACAGCAUAAUGCACUAUGCCAGGAACACCUUCUCAAGGGGCAUGUUUCUGGAUACCAUUCUCCCUUCCCGUGAUGAUAAUGGUAUACGACCUGCCAUUGGCCAGCGUACUCGUCUAAGUAAAGGAGAUAUUGCACAGGCAAGAAAGCUGUAUAGAUGUCCAGCCUGUGGCGAAACACUGCAGGAAUCUACAGGCAACUUUUCUUCUCCAGGAUUUCCAAAUGGUUACCCUUCCUACACACACUGCAUAUGGAGAAUCUCUGUGACCCCAGGGGAGAAGAUUGUUUUAAACUUCACCACCAUGGACCUUUACAAGAGCAGUCUCUGUUGGUACGAUUAUAUUGAAGUAAGAGAUGGCUACUGGAGAAAAUCACCUCUGCUUGGCAGGUUUUGUGGUGACAAACUGCCAGAAGUUCUCGCAUCCUCGGACAGUAGGAUGUGGAUCGAGUUCCGCAGCAGCAGCAACUGGGUUGGGAAAGGUUUUGCAGCAAUCUAUGAAGCUAUCUGUGGAGGUGAAAUCCACAAAAAUGAAGGCCAGAUCCAGUCUCCCAAUUAUCCUGAUGACUACAGACCAAUGAAGGAAUGUGUGUGGAAAAUAACAGUAUCAGAAAACUACAAUGUUGGAUUAACCUUUCAAGCAUUUGAGAUUGAAAGACACGAUAACUGUGCAUAUGACUACUUGGAAAUUCGAGAUGGAACAAAUGAGAACAGUCCUUUAAUUGGUCACUUUUGUGGCUAUGACAAACCAGAAGACAUAAGAUCUACCUCUAAUACCCUGUGGAUGAAGUUUGUUUCUGAUGGAACUGUUAACAAAGCAGGGUUUGCAGCUAACUUUUUUAAAGAGGAAGAUGAAUGUGCCAAACCUGACAAUGGUGGCUGUGAGCAGCGCUGUGUAAAUACUCUGGGCAGUUACCAGUGCGCCUGUGAUCCUGGUUAUGAGCUUGGUCCUGACAAAAAGAGCUGUGAAGCUGCUUGUGGAGGACUCCUGACAAAGCUAAAUGGGACUAUAACCACACCAGGGUGGCCCAAAGAGUAUCCUCCAAACAAAAACUGUGUGUGGCAGGUGGUUGCCCCAACACAAUACCGAAUUUCAGUGAAGUUUGAGUUUUUUGAGUUAGAAGGGAAUGAAGUUUGCAAAUAUGAUUAUGUGGAGAUUCGUAGUGGCCUUUCUUCUGAUUCUAAACUACAUGGUAAAUUCUGCGGUACAGAAGUGCCUGAAGUUAUCACUUCUCAGUACAACAACAUGCGAAUUGAGUUCAGAUCUGACAACACGGUGUCAAAAAAAGGCUUCAAAGCACACUUCUUCUCAGACAAGGAUGAGUGUUCAAAGGACAAUGGUGGCUGCCAGCACGAGUGCAUCAACACGGUAGGAAGCUAUGUUUGCCAGUGCCGAAAUGGAUUUGUGCUACAUGAAAAUAAACAUGACUGCAAGGAGGCUGAGUGUGAACAGAAGAUCCAUAGUCCCAAUGGCAUCAUCACGAGUCCCAACUGGCCCGACAAGUAUCCCAGCAGAAAGGAGUGCACAUGGGAAAUCAGUGCCACCCCGGGGCAGAGGGUCAAGUUGACCUUUAAUGAAUUUGAGAUAGAACAACAUCAAGAAUGUGCUUAUGACCACUUGGAAGUGUUUGAUGGUGAAAGUGAAAAAGCACCAAUUCUGGGACGUUUAUGUGGCAAUAAGAUACCAGAUCCUCUUAUUGCUACUGGAAACAAAAUGUUUCUCCGCUUUGUUUCUGAUGCAUCGGUUCAAAGAAAAGGCUUCCAAGCAACACACUCUACAGAGUGUGGUGGUCGGCUGAAAGCUGAAACCAAACCCAAAGAUCUGUACUCACAUGCUCAGUUUGGCGAUAACAACUAUCCGGUUCAGGCAGACUGCGACUGGCUACUGGUGGCAGAGCGCAGCAAUCGAGUUGAGUUAAUGUUUCAGACGUUUGAGGUUGAAGAAGAGGCAGACUGUGGUUACGAUUAUGUGGAGCUCUUUGAUGGUCAUGAUAAGACAGCUGUGAGACUUGGUCGAUUUUGUGGAUCUGGGCCACCAGAAGAAAUCUAUUCAGCAGGAGAAGCUCUUUUACUUCACUUUCACACAGAUGAUACAAUCAACAAGAAAGGAUUUCAUAUACGAUACAGAAGUAUAAAAUAUCCAGACAGUGUGCACACCAAAAAAUAACACAAGAACCUCUAAGCCAGAAAAGGAGAGUGAGAAAGAAAGAACGCACAGUGAAAAGGAACAAAGGUGUGUCUUUUUUUUAAAACUGCAGUCAUUAGCACAGAUGUUUUAUAUGAGUUCAGUUGAAACGGCGACCAGAGACUGAACUAAAAUUGAAAAAGAAAAUCAGCUAUACCGGAGAAGUAGUCAAGAUGAUGAUGUGAAGGCUCCAUACUUGACUGUUGCUGCAAAGCUUGCGAAAGGACUUUGCAUGCAGGGAGAAUAGAAGAGCUUUUGUUCGUGGUUUGACGUUUGUCAUAGAUGCGUGCAGAUUCAAUCAGUUGAAUUCAGGGGAAGUGACCCUUCAGACCGUUCUUCCUUCUGACAAUUGUAUGGUGUCCAGGAAGAAAAAAAAAAAAGCUCUUUCAGGUCACACAAUCAAAAUACUGUCCUUAUAUCUAGUUGCUUUGACUUUAUAUCCUGCAUAUGGUGUGUACAAGGACUUGAAAGAAGAUAAGAAAUGGGAAGGUCUUCCUACAUUAUUCUGUAUUUUUUACAAAUUCAUCUGUCAUAUCAGGUUAACAGUGUUUUGAAACUGGAAAAUCCUACUUCUGAAACGUAACUGAUCUUUAGAGUAUUUUGUUUUACUAAUGGCUGAGAAGUCUGAACUGUUACAUCAGUCACUAGUUGACCAAUCGCUAGUUGACUGAAUUUGAACAGUGUAAGCAUCUAUAAAAUGUUUGGUUUACUAGUUAAGUAAGCUAUCUCUGAUGAUGUGCUCUUAUUUUGCACUGAACAUAGAAAGACUAAGAUUAAAACCUGUCCUGAAUCAAAAUCUGUAUCCAUGAGAAACAGAAAUAGUCAAGGAUCAUAUGAAACUCCUCCUACUGAAUUUGUUUUCAACAGUACAUUUGGAGCCACUACUAAGCUUUGUUUCUUUGGACCUCUUUUGUGAAUGAGCUAAUUAUCUGGUUUGGCUAUGCAGAAAUGAAGCUGCAGUGGUAUCCAAGAGGGAGGUUUCCCAAAGAGUUGUUUUUUUUCUCUGGGAGUAAGAGUAUCUGUGAUGGUGAAAAGAGCAAAUCAAAAUAACAGACCCAGGAUUUCUUUGUUAUUGAGUGAAUUCCUAUGGUGCUAUUCCAUGAACACUAAAAACAAACCCAAGAAGUUUUAGACUUUUGAGCCAACAGCUUGCAGAUCAUGAAUGUCUCACUAUGCCUGGCUGCAUCUGGAGAAGGAAGGUUUUACUGCUCCAACGGAGAGUGGGUUGCAACGGCAGCACUAGUCCUGUGGAACAACUACUACUAUUGCCUUAGAAUCCUUGCACACGGUCAGACAGAUCUUCCUGUAGAUACACCUCUAAUUUGAUAAAUAUGUUGACGACUUGGACAUCUUAGUGUACACUAACAAAAGGAUCCUCAAGUGAAAGCCCCAUCUGCAGAGCGAGAUCAUCUGCUGUAAAUACAGUGACCUGCUUUUGAUGUAGAGAUAUGUUACGUUUAGAACUGAGAUAUUCUAUGUGUUUAGGCCAGACAUGGCUUUAGUCAUAAUGUAUAUGCAUUAUGUAAGUAUUGUAUGAAUGAAUGCUCCAGGGGAGUGAAAGGUAUUGUAUGGGUGAAAAUGGAAUUGUUUCUUUAUGUGCCAAGUUCUGUCAGGACCCUGUUUGACUGUAGCAACUUUUCUUUAAAGGCUUCAUAGACAGAUAACGAGGACUUCUAGUUGGCAAGAAUCAAGUUUAAACGUAUUAUGUUUCACUUACGAGAAAUAUUAUUUUGAUAUCCUUUGAUGUAAGUUGCUACUCAGAUUAGCUUAGUUUCUGUUUCCUUACUAUGAACAUACAUUGGCACUAAUAAAUCUGACCUUUUUUAUAUAAAAAUAAAACCCAAAUGUCUAUAUAGGUGUCUUUGGUUGUUUUAACAGCACUGUUGCUGCUCGUUUAUUACCUUUUUCCUUCCCAGAAAGCGUAUGUGAGUGAAGUUCAAAACGUGAAUAAUUUGUGUAUUUUUGUAAUGCUGCUCCACUCUAUUUUUGUUUGGUUUAUUUUUCAGGGGUUUUACACAAGAAGUUAACUGCAAACAUUUUCUCCAAGGUCUUCUAAGACAAAAUUCAGGCAGAAAUAUUACUAUAGUUAAAAAGAAAAAAAGAAGUAUUCUGAAACUUGAUACAUAAUUUAUCAGCUGCAUGAAAUUCCAGUGCUCAAAUUUCUGAGAGGAAAAGCAGGCAGCAGCAGAAGCAGUGUCUCCCUGGCAUGGAUAAUCAACGGGAGUUGGGAAAGUCUGAGGCUGGGAGGAAGGGCAUGUUUCCAUGUAAUCUUUUUUCCACGUUUCUGCUUCAGUCUCCUCCUAAUAUUAUCUGCCAUUUGCUAAACAAAAUAUUUUAAGUCUCCCUUUUCUCUGCAUUUGACUUUUUAUUCCCCCCUAGGUUUGCUUUAACAAUCAUAGAGCUGAGCCAAGAUUUUUUAUUUUCUUGAAGGUGGUUGUUUUUGAUUCAUACAGGCUCCUGUAUAAAUCCUACUGCCCUAUGCUAAAUAUUGCAACUGGAGUAGUUGGUGAAGAAAGUUAGACAGGCCAAGAACACCAUAUAGUGUAUUUCCAAGGCUCUGUGAAAGGUGGUUCUCUGUGGUGAUAUCAAAAUAUUGCUUUUGAGCACACUACGUCAGGGAUUGUUUCAUAUGGAAUAUGUAGAAAUCAGAAGAGAGUUGCUUUAACUUUGAAUGCAAAGUUUGAUUUUAUUUCUCCAGUUGGUUAUUCCUUUGUUGAGCACAUAUGCUCGAGUGGUGAAAAUUAGAAAGGUGUUCUUAAUGUUUAUCUUGAUGAUAAAUGGACCACAUAGAUAAUUUCUUUGCAUUGUCCAUGAUCUUAGUUAAUGCCUCGUGGUGCUACCAGAUGCCACUAAAACUAUAGGUAUUUCCAAGUUCUAGGAGGUUUUUCCAGAUGUAGAGAAAAUGACAUAUUCAAUGAAGUCAUUUAAUAGCAGUAUGUCUUAUAAAUAGCCUGGCAAUAAGAAAAAAAUGCUUUCACAAUUUCAUCAGCAUAAAUGAUUUUUUCAAUGUGGGUUAUGCCAAGGAUAUCUUUGAAAUGGAGAAGUUUGUUCAUGACAUGAAGAUCUUGCCUGUCAAGUAGUCAACAAAACAUGACACAAAAUCCAGUGAGCUGGAGAUCCAGCUUUGAGACCUAGUUACAAUGCAUUUACUGGCAACACUCUUAGAAAGGUGAAGACGAUACUCAUUCUGCUUCCUAUUUGAGACAAACUUUCUUGACUGUGGGCAAGGUGCUGGAUUUAAAUUAAUUUUCCUGUAACAUGACAAACUUUUCUUUUGUGCUAAUAUUAUUUAAUGUGAAAUUCAACAUAAAUUAGCAUAAAUUGUUAAGGAAUAUAAGGAUCUCUGGAUAUAAUUAUGCUGGAUCUCUGUGGCUGACUGGCUAAUGAAGAGCUUAAGUCCGUAGCAUAGAAAGUUAUGUGAUCAAUACCAUGCUUAGAUAAGAGGGAAGAUAUGUUUGUGCACAUCAUUCCUUAAACAAAAAGAAAAGAGGAAAAAGAAAGGAAUAAAAAUCAUCAGUGAAAUUCACUUAAAAUGGCUGCCUUACAUAGGAGCUGCGAAGGUCUAGCUGGAAGGGGAUAAAGAAAGGUAGGUGCACACAGCAGAUACUCUGUUCUUUGCUGGCCCUUUGUUAUAAUUUGCAACAUAUUUGAGUAAUCUUGCCUGGCUCUGAGACCUAUGAAACAGUGAGUUGACCUAAGCAUGGGUAAGAGCCAGAUCAGGUCCUUAACGUGGUAUUGCAGCAUUAUGUUUUCAUUUAAAGCAGAUUGCUUUUGAACCCCAGAAAAAAAAAUCAGAUAAUUGAGUUUAAGCUUUAUCCACUUGGGAAUCAGUUAUGCAAUUUCACUAUGUUGCCAGGGGUGCAAGUGGCAAACUUCAUUUUUUAUAAUGGAGGAAAUUGUUGUUGACCUCACAGUUUGCGUGCUGUAUGAGCUCUAGGUGUGUGCUGCACCACCAUAGAGCGUGGUCACUGCUGAGGCACACUGAAACUUUCUUUUACAAUUAAAUGGUCCUGUUCUGCCAAAAUUUACAGAUCUCAGGGUUUAGGGACCUGGUAUGGGUAUGUAAUUUCAGGAAAGUAUUCAGACUUAAAAUAGUCCUGACCAGUAAUCAGAGGGGAAUUUUUCUUUGACUUCAGGUCUUAAACUGGGUCCAAAUGAAUAAUAGGAGGGGAGGGGUUUUAUCAUAUUAACAUAUGUGAUCAUACAGACUGGCACAGCCUUGUCUAAGGACUUGCUCAUAGUUUGAUUUUAUCAUUGAUUGUUAUGAUUCAAUUAGUAAUUGAUCAG